CACUGUUCGGGACGCUAAAUUAAGCUAUUUAUUUGAACGUAAGUUAUCUACUGCGGAUUUCAAACCAGGACAGCCAUGUCGCCGCCGUCCAGCCCCGCUCCACGCCGGCCGUUCCCCAUGGAUGCCUUGUGCCGCGUGUGCCACAAAGCAUCGCCGCUCUGCCUGUCGCUCUUCAAACCGCUCGACAAUCCAAUUUCCGGCAAACUUGCGACGCUGGCCAGCAUUUUAAGCUACUGCAGCGGUCUGGAGAUCCUAGAGGCGGAGCUCUUCCUCCCCCACCACAUCUGCCCGGGCUGCGUGGCCAAGUUGCAACUCUCGCUGGAGUUCAAGCGGAGUGUCCACCGCAUGGACAGAAUUCUGCGGCAGAGCCAUGCGGACUUUUGCCGCAGCAAAAGGAUCAGCGCGGUGAAUACUAGGCCUAGGCUGUCACCCGAGAUUCCGGAGGACUUUGUACUCGUGCUCGAUGACCAGGAAGUGACUGAGCAUCCAGCAGAAACGGUACGAAAUGAGGAGGAACUCGUGGUCGUAGAAUCAGAUGAGGAGGAGAGCCGGGUGGAAGGGCAGGAGGAGAGGCUGGAUAAUGCACUGGAACAGCACGCAGACUUUCCAGGCAGGGAGAACAACGAGGAACAACAGAGUCACACAUUUAAAGAGAUCUACUUGGUUGCCAAAGCAGAUGACGAUAUCUGCGAGAUUGUCGACGAUUCGGAUACGGAGCAACGUAGGAGCAGGUUAGGAAGAUCCAAGCCGUCGCUGCAAUGUUCCAUUUGCGGCAAACAACUGCACAGCAAGCGGACCUUUCAGUACCACAUGACGCUACAUAGCCCGCAUCCCGUUCGCCAAGAUGGCAACGUCGACUGCAUUGAAGAAUGCCUCCAAGUAGAGCCCGUUUUGCAGGCCAAUGCUGGCGAAGAUCUCUACGAGAUUGUGGAGAAAACAGCGCAGCCUUCUGCGGCGCAGAGAACUUUUCCCAGUAGGAGCCGGCUGUGGAAACCACUCAAUCCCUGCCUAAAGUGUCAAAUCUGCGGCAAGCAACUAAGCACCAACAACUCCUUCAAGUACCACAUGCAGCUACAUGGCACGGCCACGCCCUACGUUUGCUCGAUCUGCGGAGAGUCCUUUAAGACGCGAAACGCCCACGACGGCCAUGUCACGCUGCACGAUCGAAACAAUCCGAAUAGGUGCCCCACCUGCUUCAAGGUCUUCCGGCAGGCAUCCUCGCUGCGCACACACCUUCUAAUCCACAGCGGAAUCAAGCCAUUCCCGUGCACCAUCUGCGGCAAGAGGCUGACCCAGAAGUCGGGCCAAAAGAAGCACAUGCUCACCCACACGGGCGAGAUGCCGCACGGCUGCGACAUCUGCGGCCGCCGCUUCCGCUUCUCGAGCAACCUGACUGCCCACAAGCGCUGCCACAGCCAGGAGAAGCCCCACCCGUGUCCGGUGUGCCAGGAGCGCAGCUUCGGCAGCAGGUCCGAGCUCAACCGCCACAUGCUCGUCCACAGCAGCGAGCGACCAUUCGGCUGUGAGCAGUGCGGCAAGUCCUUCAAGCGCCGCAUCUCACUCGGCAUCCACCGCCAGUCGCACAAGGCGGGCAGGCAGCGGAGGCGGGCCGAGCGUCCAGUGGUUGUCCAACUGGAGGAGCAGGACGAGCAUGAGGAGACCUGAAUCUGUACACAAGUCACGACAUUUAGUUUUAGUUCAUUUCGCUUUUAUUUUCGGUACUUUCUUUCGCACAAUAACAAGUUCCAAGUGUUACUAUUGUUGUAUAUGUACGCCUUAGGAUAACAUUUGUUGUGUUCCCACCGAAAAUAAAGCGUUUCAUACAUACAUAUAA